CUGUGAUAGACAGCAUUUUUUUGUUAAUUCUGUGAAGAGUUCCUCAGUGACAGUCUUCACCUGCGACUUUGAGUUUAUGACAAGGGAGCAUCUUGACUCUCGGUUAGUGAUGGUGUUUUCUCAGGAAACCUGAAGCUUUUAAAAUGACAGGCGACCAAAACCCCCUGGAAACGUGGGUCGAUGCCACAACUCACGCCCUGUGCAUUAACUCCGAGAAACCAAAGGAAGGACAGGCUACGAAGAUCCUUAAAGUCUGUUUCUGCAGUAACACCAGUAUCAACCUUGGCAAAAACUUCAAGUUAGUAAAAUGCAACCACACAACAGAAAUCAGGGAAAUUGUUAACACGAUAUUGGACAGUGGGAGAGUGGGACCCAGUAUCGUUUUUAAAGGCUGUUAUGGAAUCAGAUUGAAGCACCUGAAGUCUGAUGAGGUAUACUGGCUCCACCCUGAUCUCACGGUCAGUGAGGUUCAAGCAAAGUAUGAGAGUCUUCACCAUGAAGCUGAAUGGAGGUAUGACCUGAGGAUUCGGUUCCUUCCCAAAGACAUCAUGAAUAGUUUUAAACAAGACAGAACCACGCUGUUGUGUUACUAUCAGCAGGUACGCAGUGAUUACAUGCAAGAGGUUGCUGGCCAAGUGGAUCAGGAAACAGCCUUGAAACUUGGCUGUCUCGAGAUCAGGAGAUUUUACAAGGACAUGCCCCCAAAGGCUCUGGAGAAGAAAUCCAAUUUUGAGUUGCUGGAGAAGGAAGUUGGUCUCGAUUUGUUCUUCCCUAAACAGUUGCAGGAAAGUAUGAAGCCCAAACAAUUACGUAAAUUAAUCCAGCAAAACUUCUUCCAGUUUGGUCAUAUGAAGGAAGAUGAAUGUAUCUGCAAGUUUUUUGAAAUCCUUCGUAGUGUCACCAAUUUUGAGCAAGAACAUUACUCAUGUGAACUGGGUCAAGGGUGGACAAUAACAGUGGACCUGGUCAUUGGAAGCUAUGGAAUUGGCCAAGUGACCAAUAAAGAUGGACCUAUCAGCUUGGCAGAAUUCAACCAAAUAAAAUCGAUUAACUUUGUCCAUUCGGAUGAGGAUAAGAAAGCUUCACUUCAACUUGAAAUUCAAGGAGCACCACAGCCUUUGACAAUAACAGCCUCAGCACUCGCGACAGUGGAGAGUAUGGCCGAUUUGAUCGAUGGUUAUUGCCGACUGGAGAACGAAACUACAUCCUCCUUUAUCUCAAGGCCGAAGAGAGAUCAUGAACUUCCUGAGCUGCCAACACAACUCAUGCCUGAAGUGAAAAUAGCUGAGGAACCAAUACAUGUUCCAUCCCGCAGCAGUAUGGGGUCGGAUAUUUAUGCAGAAAUACCAGAUACACCAAAGUCUGCAGUUCCUGUAAAUACAAUUUCCCGAGACAAUGUGGUGCUGGGCAGGAUUCUGGGAGAAGGAUUCUUUGGCCUGGUUUAUGAAGGAGUUUACAGAACCGCCAGAGGGGAACAGGUUUCUGUAGCCGUGAAGACCUGUAAAUCUGAGUGUCCAGUCGAGGUCAAGGAAAAAUUCUUAUCAGAAGGAAUAAUAAUGAGGCCUCUCGAGCAUCCCCACGUGGUGAAGCUGUUUGCGAUAAUUGAAGAGGAGCCAGCCUGGCUAAUCAUGGAACUGUACGCUUACGGAGAGCUGGAAAGCUACCUGGCAACAAAUAAAAACAGUCUGGAAGCUUUGACCCUCAUCGAUUACUCCUGGCAGAUUUCGAAAGCUCUUGCCUAUCUUGAGGGAGUGAAGGUUGUUCACCGGGACAUUGCAGUGAGGAAUGUUCUCGUUGCUGCUCCUACUUGUGUGAAACUGGGUGAUUUUGGACUCUCGCGUUACAUAGAAGAGGAUAAUUAUUACAAAGCAUCAGUGACUAGAAUGCCAAUUAAGUGGAUGGCCCCAGAAUCCAUCAACUUCAGACGCUUUACUUCCUCGAGUGAUGUGUGGAUGUUUGGUGUCUGCACGUGGGAGAUAGUCAGCUUUGGAAAGCAGCCAUUCUUCUGGCUGGAGAAUCGGGACGUGAUUGGUGUAUUAGAAAGAGGGGACCGACUUCCAAAACCAGAUUUCUGUCCACCAACACUUUAUACUCUGAUGACCCGCUGCUGGACAUAUGAACCUCGAGAAAGACCAAAGUUCACUGAAAUAGUCUGUCAAUUAAGUGAUAUUCACCAGAUGGAAAAGGAGCAACAGAAGGAGAGGAAUUACUGGACACAGCGUCGCCUCACCUCCAGGAACUUGGACCAUCCGGUCAUCGUAAAUGAGGCUCCGCCAAAGCCAGCUAGAACGAGAGGAAUUCCAGUGAAGUCCCCUCCACUUCCCUUUCAGAAUCCAAGUCUUCAGUUCCAAGUGCCAGAGUCUCUGUGUGCCAGCUCGCCACACAUCCCCUGUUCUCCAAAGGAACAGGCACCUAGUGACUCCGCAAACACCUCCCCUCAGAAACAGUUCCGACGUCUGAGUGUCCGGGAAGUUGACCUUAUUGGGGAGAUUAACAACAAAGAAGAGGCUCAGAAACUCAGGGAGAUGGAGCAAGGCAAACUCCAGGAGAGAAUCCGACAGCAACAGCGAGAAAUGUUGGAGGAUAAAAAGUGGCUGGAGAAAGAAGAGAAACUUCUGGCUCCAAAUGAUUACAGCAAACUACACAAUGAUAGUGACCAGGAGACUCCCUACAGAGCUGAGUUCACAGGACCACCUGAGAAACCUCCGAGGAAGAAUCUACCGCCGAUACAAGCAGCUCCCACUGCAAACCUUGAUCGUACUGAUGACAAGGUCUACACCCUUGUAAUGGAGCUGGUUAAAGCUGUGCUGCAUCUGAAAAACCAAGUCUAUCAGCUUCCAUCCGAAGAAUAUGUCAUCCUGGUGAAGACAGUGGGAAUAAACCUUCGCAGUUUGACUGGCAGUGUGGAUGAGCUGUUGCCAAAGUUACCAGCAGCAUCUCGCACAGAGAUUGAAGGAACGCAACGACUUCUGAAUAAGGACUUGGCUGAGCUGAUAAACAAGAUGAAACUGGCCCAGCAGAACUCGGUUACCUCGCUGAGUGAAGAGUGUAAGAAACAGAUGUUAACAGCCGCCCACACGCUUGCGGUGGAUUCCAAGAACUUGCUAGAUGCUGUGGAUCAGGCCAGGGUACAGGCAGGCCAAGCCAAACCAGUUCCUAAUUGACGGCAGCUUGAUCAAUUCAGACAGCAGCAGCAUGAGACAGGAGAGAGACAGUCAUCCACCAGGCCAAGCUGAAGUAACGAGACUUAAAACAGAAUGGGGAAGGGAUUCUAUCCAGGGUAGGGGAAUGAGGGCGUUCAUUAACUGAAACUGGGAACCAUCUUCAUGGGCUAAAAAAAACGCUUUUGUGUGGAAUGGUGGAGGGGCUAUGCAUAAUUUUAAUCCAGGUAAUUCCAUGUAAAAGUCAAAACAAUGAUGCAUUUCAACCAGGUUUAUGGAAUGUGUUAAGUAAUUGAAAUAACCCUUGGCAGAUAAUGUUUAGAGGAAGUGCUGGCAUUUUAACAAAGCUCAGGACACUGAGGAGUAACUGAAGUCGAGCUUGAAAUGCUUAAUUAGGGUCCAACUGAUGAAAUCUAGAGGUGGGAAGUAAGAUGAGAAGAACAUCUGUAUCCUUGUGUUUGUUUUGCUCAAUGUCAAGAGAUCCACUCUGUAAAUACAGCCCCAUGCUGAAUAUUUGGCCAUUUGGCUGAGUGGCAUGAUUGGCUAAUUACACAGACGUUAAAUAGCCUCGAGGUUCAUUCCUCACUUCUCAUGUUGAGAUCAGAAAGCAAUCAGCUUGAGAUGUUUGUCUUGCUAAUGAUUGGAUGUUCGGUGAUUUAUGAUUAACCUCUGCAUAUCUCUUUUAUAACCUUUAAGAGGUGAGUUAAGAGUAUGUUGCCAAAAUGCCAGGAGCAACAAGAAUGGAGACGUUAACUGUUCCUGUUAACGGGUGACUGUGAAUUACUUUAUUUAUGGUUGUGAGAAAAUGAGAGAUUUGGUAGUUAUAGGAAUGUUUACUGAUGUUGCCUAGUUGGGCUGGACAAUCAUCGAUCCAAGAAUUAGAAUUUCUACCCUUAAGAAUUGCUGAAAAAAGAGACACGUGGAAGCUUUUCAUCUUACACUCAUCAGG